AUACGCCGCGUGUGUCUUUGCCUUUUGAGUCGCGUGUGUGUCUGUGUGUUUGUGUGGUGAAAAUCAGUCGAACGACUCCGCUGCCGCUGCCACUGCUGUUGUUGGCGUCGCUGUUGGCGUUUUGUGACUCCACCCUAAAUUCUAUAUAUUCCCGAAAAUUUCGUUUUGUUUUUUUUUUUUGUGUUGGAGGCAAUCUUUCUCUAACUCUACGUGUCUGUUGGAUUGCCGGACUGUCGGACUGUUGUCUUUCUGUGUUUUCUGUGCGUCGAUUGUCAAAUGGCAAAUGAUUGCCCAAACCAAAAUCGUAUCCCAUUAGUAGAGCGCAAGCAACAGCAACAAAAACAACAAGGAAAAUGCUAGAAAAAUGUUUGAUUCAUGCGAAAAGUUGAUGACACAUUUCGCUGUCAUUUUGACCGCAUUUGUAGUCUUGUUGUUGUUAUUGCCGCCGCCACAUGGCAGCGGUACAUCCAUUUUGGUGGAUGCCUCGGCCGCAGAUGAAGCGGUCCGCAAAUGGGCAACUACAUUUGGUGACGAACUCUUCGAGCUGGCCCAAAAGAUCACAAAAUCACAAGAAAUUCGAGCCAAAUAUGUGGAAAAUAAUGCUGUUGUCGAGCUAAAAGAUGGUAAUAAACUAAUCAAAUCCAUAACGGCCAACGUGGCCAAGAUGUUGGUCCGGAAAACAGAAGCCGUGCGUUGUAUACAACAAAAAGCAGAACAGGUGCACAAAAGCGUUCAAUUCAAUUGGUCAUGGAAGGCUACAGAAGAGGAUUUUAGCUUCUACUCCAGUAAAUACUCCAAAUAUAAGGGAAAUAGUACUGAGAAAUGGCCACAAUUGGGAGUUAAUCACACGACCAUGUAUAGGGAAAUGGAUCUGAAUCCGGACACGCAUUUCUAUAAUCAGGCUGUUAACACGAACUAUAGCUCGGUACACGUACCAUCUAAUGUCUGGGAUCGUGCCCCAAAGGUAAUGAAGACCAUCGAUUGGUCAGAGAAAUUGGAUGAGGUUUUUAGGCAAAAUUACCAAUCUGAUCCGGCAUUAUCUUGGCAAUAUUUUGGUUCCGAUACCGGUAUUCUGCGACAUUAUCCGGCCUCUCAAUGGAUCGAUAUGAGGGAAAAUCCCGACGAUGCCGAUACAUAUGAUUGUCGAAAAAGGUCCUGGUAUAUAGAGACGGCAACAUGUUCAAAGGAUAUUGUUAUACUGUUGGAUCAUUCGGGCUCUAUGACUGGAUUUCGUAAUCAUGUGGCAAAAUUUACCAUACGCAGCAUUCUGGAUACUUUCUCCAACAAUGAUUUCUUUACCAUUUUUCGUUAUUCUGCCGAUGUGGAUGAUAUUAUUCCAUGCUUUACCAACGCCUUGGUUCAGGCCACUCCCGAGAAUAUCGAAGUUUUCAAUGAUGCCAUUGCAAAUUUGCCAGAUCCAGAGGGUUAUGCCAAUUUAACUUUAGCCUAUGAGAAGGCAUUUCAAUUGCUCACCAGGUACUAUGUAACUCGUGGCUGUAAUGGCACGUGCAAUCAGGCAAUUAUGUUGGUCACCGAUGGCGUAGCUGGUAAUACCACCGAAGUUUUCCAGAAAUAUAAUUGGGGUAAUGGUGAAAAUGGUACUAGCAACAUGGAUGUACGAAUUUUCACCUAUCUGUUGGGGAAAGAGGUGACCAAAGUGCGUGAAAUUCAAUGGAUGGCUUGCCUAAAUCGUGGCUACUAUUCCCAUGUCCAGACACUAGAUGAAGUGCACGAAGAGGUAUUGAAAUAUGUGGACGUUAUAGCAACUCCGUUGGUCUUGCAAAAGAAGGAACAUCCGCCAACUUGGACCCAUGCAUUUACCGAUAAAACGUAUGAUCCAAAAAAAACAUCGGAACGUCGACCACGUCUCAUGAUAGCCGUGGGUGUGCCUGCUUUUAAUAAUUUCGAUAGCAUUGAGAACGGCACAAGUGGUUACUUUGACGAUGAGAAUGCCACAUCCGAUGGAGACAAUAUCGCAGAUACUAGAGCUCGUCUCUUGGGUGUUGCUGGUACCGAUAUACCAGUUGACGAUGUAGAUAAACUAACCUUACCCUAUAAGUUGGGUGUCAAUGGCUACUCUUUUGUGGUGUCUAACAAUGGCUAUGUUUUACUCCAUCCUGAUCUGAGACCCAUUGGUAAUAAUGGCAAAAUGAAUCCCAACUAUAAUAGUAUAGAUUUCACUGAAGUUGAGCAUCUUUUUGAGGAUACUGCUCCCAGAGAACCAGGACAAUCUAUACUCAAUAUACGAAAUGCUCUGGUGCGCCAUGAAGCCAUGAAUUUUAAGGAUGUUUCGGUUAAAUUUCAUUAUGAUAAGAUGCGUCGUGUGUCAGAGGAAAAACAAGACUAUUUUCUGGCACCAUUACCAAAGACGCCGUUUACAUUGGGCAUUGCCAUGCCUAGUGAGUAUGGAAAAACUUGGAUUAAAGUGGCCGAUAUAGUGACCAAACAAAUGCAUAAUAAGGUCGACAUAAGAGAUUUCUUUCUUGGUGACAAUUGGAAAAUCCAUCCAGAGUGGGUCUAUUGCAAAUAUCAUUAUCUGGAGGGUCAUGAGUUUGAUACCCCUGAGGCGGAAUUGCGUGAAUUCUUGGAUAAAAUGGUGAAAAGAGAUUGGAAAUGGUCCGAACAGUAUGCCGAAGAUGAAACCGAUUGGGACUCAAAAGAAGAGUUGAAUUGUGGACGCAAAACGUUAGGAGAUGAUGCCUACUAUUGCAACAAGGAGUUGGUUAACUUACUUAUCCUCGAUGCCAAGGUAACCAAUUCCAGUUAUGGCGAAUGGAAAUUCGAAAACGAACAGGAACGUCGAUUAUUCGAAAGUUUUGGCGCCCAUUUACGUUUUGUUGCCACCAUGAGUGGCCUGACACGUUGGCAAUUCAUUUACGGUGAGGUGGAGGUGGAUACAGAUCGUGAGUUUGGUGAUUAUCAUACAACGGCUAUCGAUGAGACGUGGUAUAAGAGUGCGAUAUUGCAACAUCAUGCCGAUCGUACCGAAAGUUUUGUAUACUCGGUAAAACAUUACAAUGAUCCUUUGGAGGAAAGUGAUCUCAAAGUGACGGCAUCACAUGCAAUAUUCCAUCGUGAAGAUACCAAAGAAGCACCAGGCAAUGUAGUUGGCUUUCAGUUCUCCCAUGCAAAGAUGUGGGAACGUUUCUUUAAUAUCACCGCUCAGGAUCAUUGUAAUAAAUGCAUGCCCAUCUGUACGGACGACGAUGUAGAUUGUGUGGUGAUUGAUAAUAAUGCCUAUAUCGUAAUUGGUCAAAAUAUAAAUACUACGGGAAAGUUCUUUGGUGAGAUUCAUGGUGAUGUUAUGACCGUGAUGGUGGAGAAGGAAAUCUUUCAAAGCAUUGAUGUCUAUGACUAUCAACAACAGUGUAAAGAGGACCCCCCCGCUCCGGACAGUGGACACAAUUUAUUGCAUCCCAUACGCCUAUUAAGUCUUGGCUGGAAAUGGUUAAUUGCUGAGCUCUUUUGGCAAUAUCAGAGAAUACAAUGGUGGGUGGAUGGUGCACCAUUUAUGGAGUACACGGACGAGAUUGAAGAUGAGUAUGUGGCCGUCGGUGAUAGCAAUGCCGGUUCGGCUGGCAAACCCAAAGAGGAUAGCGAUGACGAUGAUGCCUUAUUCCAAGAACCCGAAGAAGAACCCACAUAUAAGCCCUGCGAUAUGCGCUCUACACUCUAUGCCCUCCAGCCAGCCAAACUAUUGGCUUUCAAUGACUAUAUAGAAGCGCCAUCGACUCGACCAUUUUUGGUUAAGAAAAUUCCCAAUUCCAAUCUCUUGCUGGUGGUAGUCAAUGUUCUAAUGCCAACGCGUAACAUUCGUUUAACAACCGAACCCCAACGAAUUCUCGAAUACAGUCAGGAAUUUCCAUGCUAUAAAUUAAAUAUGAGUUUCUAUGAACGGCGACGGCUUGAAGAUUGCUAUACCAAGCACAAGGAUGAGGAAUUGUACACCUAUUGCGGCAAUGCGUCGAGGCUGAAUCUAUCGCUAUACCUGAUGCCGUUGACCAUAAUUUUGAUGUUUUACUUAACGCGCUGCUUUAUGCGUUAGAACUAUACAAAAUCCCGAUAGGAAUACCUUAUAUAUAUAUAUACCAUAUACGAAUCUGUUUUUUGUUAAUUUCUUUUAAGUUUAACACUUUAAAAACUAUAAUGAAAACUAGUGAAAUGUUUAAGAACCAACAAAACAAAAAA